AUGAGAGAGUACAGGCUGAAGUCAGUAAUUCCAACGGAAUCCGAAUCAAGGGGACUUUACUAUGAUGGAGAAGUCUAUUUUUCGUCCAAUAAUCAUCUAUUCAAGGCUUCCAGGGGAAGAUAUACCAAGAUAUGUGAUGUUGGGGGAACCAUCAUUGACUUCAGUAUAUCAGAGAAAUUCUUCAUAGUCACAGAGGAAAGGAUGUACAUGAAUAACGAAAACAGAAUGGUUGGAUCUCUCAAAAGAAGGUUUUCCUGCAUGGCAAUCAACAAAAAUCUGAUGGCAGCAGGAUACUCCAACGUCCUAGAGAUAUGGAAUGUUCCUAAGGAAUUCAAGUUGCCCUUGUUUGAUCUCCAUUCAAGACAUCUUGGGCACUUUCUAGAAAUCACAAGUGUUAAGUUCCUGAGCGAUAAUCUGGUUCUAACAACCAGCAGAGACUGCACUGUAAGGAUUUUUGAUAUUCUUGAAAACAAAUCUAGCCGACUGUGCAAUACAAUGAGUGUUCCAAUCGCGGCAUAUACCAUGGGUGGAGAAAAUAAGGAGCUAAUUGUUAUUUGCGAGGAUGGAACUUUAUUGUAUUUUGAGAUUGAUGGAGAAAACAUUAUUUCCAAAGGAAUUGUGCAUCACAAUUCGAAAGUUUUGGCUUCCAGUAGUAGUUUAGGCUUUGUGGCUAUUUCCCUUGAUAAGGAGUCUGGAGAGAAUCUGCUUAUCUACAAUGGACAAGAAAUGGUUUACUCUGCAUCAGUAGAACAUAAGAUUCUGAGUAUUUAUCUCCAUGAGGAUUCUAUUGCAGUGAAGGGCCCUAAGUUUGUUGGAAUAUACAGCCUAUCACUCAACCUGUUUGUAUUUGAGUUGGAUCUUCCCCGAAUAAUGACGAUGGAUGUAAAAAAGGAUAUGAUAGCUGUUGGAUGCUCUGACAAGAAGGUAAGAAUCUACGAUGGAGAAAGAUGCAUCCACACAUUCUUCGACUCAAAUGCCACUCAUGCAGUUUUCGGAGUGCAUAUUCUUCAAAACUCUGUUCUGUGUCUUUAUCUCGAUGGAAAAGUAUCUAUUUGGGAUAUAAAGAACGGAAUUUGCUAUAGAUCAUUUGAAAUUCCAGUAAGAAUAUCGGCUUCAGAGGUUAGUGAUGAUAAUCUUCUACUGUUUAUUGCAGACUUCAAUAACUAUUCAGUAAGGGUGAUAGAUCUCCAGAGGGGGAAGGAGAUUGAUACUCUUCAGGGCCAUGAAGGUCCUAUAUUUAGGAUGAAAUGGGAUGGGGAUUCUUUAUAUACACUGUCCUAUGACAACACAAUCAAAAAAUGGAAUGUUUAUUCCCAAACGGUUACUGAACUGCAGUCCAGAAAGAUGGCCACUGGAUUUUCAGUGAGAAAUGGCAAGCUCUGUGUGGCCACGGUGGACGAGUUAAGUAUCUAUGACUCUGGCUUCAAUUAUGAAAGAGGAAUCAAGGUAUCUUUAAAGGCUAGAAAGAGAAAUGAAAUAUUCAUAAGCGAGAAGCCUGUGGAAAGCCUAGAUUUCACAUUCGACAACAGAUUUAUAAUCUCGGGAGGAGAAGCAAAUACAAUGCAGAUGAUAUCCACAGAAACAGGCGACGUUGCUCAGGUGCUUCGAGUUUCCGACAAUAGAGAAUGGGAAAACUAUAAAGAAGUUCUUGGGAAGGAAUCUUCUAAAUCCUUUGAUAAGACAAAGAUCAUUGAGGUUUUAAAAAUAAUGCACAGCAGCACCCAAAGGGAGUUCUAUGUCCUUACACGAGAGGGAGUAAGCAUCUAUGAACCUUCGCUUGUCAAAUUUAUUCCACUUCGCUUAGAUGUGUCUUUAACACCAGAGUCGAUCAAAGAGUAUUUGGACCAUGGAGAAUACUUGAAAGCAGCAAUAGGAUCUUUGAAGAUCAACGAAUACGAGAUUGUAAAAGAGGUUUUGCUUUCUUGUCCAUACAACCGAAUAGAGGGGGUUGUUAAGCAUUUGGAUGCAGUAUUGGCCGAAAAUCUAAGGCUUGUAGUAUCAAAAAUGCUUGAUAGCCCAAUCCACCAUUCGACAGCAAUCAAAUGGCUGAAGUCCAUUGUUUUUUAUUUUGGGUCGUCUAAAACACAAGGCACAGAACUGCAUAAACUUAGGAGAGAAAUUGACUUGACACUAAAAAUAGGCAAGUUGAACAAGUCAAUGCUGCUCAAUAUCAUCGAGAAAUGA